AAGAGAGUUGUGUAUUUCCCGCAGGGGCAACGCAGGGAGAGAAUUGCACGAGUAGUAAGAGAGUUGUGGGAAAAAAGUUAAAGAAGCGCACCGGCCACCGGCCACUAUGAAUAUGAAUAUGGCUGGAAAUUUGUUUCUCCAUUCUUGACAACUGCACUACCAAAUUGCCAAAACCUCAACUCUACAAUGGAAUCCCAGGACAAGGUGCAGGUUCAGUCAUCAUCAGCUCCCAAGCUAGUACUCUACUCCUAUUGGCAGAGCUCUUGUUCUUGGCGUGUUCGAUUUGCUUUGAAUCUUAAAGGACUUUCUUAUGAGCACAGGGCUGUCAAUCUUGAUAAAGGAGACCACUUCACUCCAGAAUUUGAGAAAUUAAAUCCCCUUCACUAUGUCCCAGUCUUGGUUGAUGGAGAUGUAGUUGUUUCAGACUCGUACGCGAUUAUACUGCAUUUGGAACAAAAUUAUCCUCGAAAUCCUUUGUUGCCAUCUGAUCCUCAACUUCGAGCAAUCAAUCUUCAGGCUGCAAGUAUUGUGUCAUCCAGUAUACAGCCUCUUCACAUGAUGGCGGUCACGAAAUAUGUCGAGGAAAAGUUUGGGCCGGAAGAGGGAGCAGCUUGGGUGCAGAUCCAUAUAGAGAAAGGCUUCUUGGCUGCUGAAAGACUGUGCUGGCACGUAUUCUACAGGAGACACGGCCUACAUGGUAAAAUUGUCUUCCCGUUACUUUGCAGCUGCAAAGAAUGUGCGGAUAGUUUGUUUACGAUGAAUGUGAUUGUGGCAAAACCGCAGGCGGAAGUUGGAGUUACUGCAAAGAGAUUUAACAUCGAUAUGUCGGAACUCCCAACGUUGGAUGCAAUAUAUAAGUCGUGCAUUGCGCUGCCAGAGUUCGAGGCUUCUUUGCCGGAGAAACAACCUGAUGCUGUGCCAUACUUCUUUCUUUUGUUCAACUCUUGGUUUUUUAAAUAGUUACCGUCAAAACUUGUAUUCUCUAUGGCUUUUUAUUCUCAAAAAUAUUUUGCUAGAUGAGAUUUGCACUUUAAAGCCCCAAAAUCAUCCAUAUGGUUUACUAAUGUAUAAUAAUCAUUGAUGUGAUAAUUUUAUUUUAA